ACCAGAACCGCAAACCCUAACCUAUCAGUUAGCCGUGUCUGUUGAAGUCCUAUUCUUUCCGAGGGACUCCAUCCUUGAAACUAAAAUGGAAAGAGAAGAUGAUCUCCGGAACCUGAACGGAGACGUUUCAUCUCAGCCAGACGGAGACGUAGAAGAUGACAAUCCGCUAGUGCUGAGCCCUCAAGCAUUCACGGCAGAGUCAGCUUGCAUCGCUUGCCCUACCCUUGACGUGUAUCUCAAGAUGGCGGAGAAAAGAUCCGUGUCUCCAGGUGUAGUUGCUGGAGUACGAUAUGAGGUUUUAGUCUUUGAAAGAUAUGGAACUGAAGUGAGCUCACGUUUUGUGAUUACAACCAACAACAAGAUUUGCCUCUGCAGCUUAAACAUUGCUUCCAUAUAGUCGUUGCAGAUCCUCCCUACUUGGUAAGAUUUUCUUGAAGUUUCAUUGAAUUAGCUAGUUUGCAGUUUGAUUCAGCAGAGCUUUGUGGCAAAUCGCUUUGUUGUAGUAGUAGGAAGAUUCUCAUAAUGGGUUUAUAGCAAUUUGUAAUUUGAUUCCUGAAGUUGCGUUGUUUCUAUGUCUAGCUAGCGUUUUGUUCGAGUCAACAUAUAUUCCUGAAGUUGAUGCCUGAAAUUCGCCAUAUAGCAUCUUCUUAUAGCCAUCCUUGGCCGGAUAUAUAAUCCUUUCUAUGCAAUAUGAUCAUCUCACGAGUCAUGAAUGAAUGCGCCAUUAAGAGCAUCUCCGAGGGUUCACUCUAUUUUUUACUCUAAAAUAGAGUCUCUAUAAUAGAGAUGGAGUUUGUUCUAAUGGCACUCUAUUUUAGAGUAAAAAAUAGAGUGAUGAACAAAAAAAAAUAACUUACUCUAUAUUUGGAGUAAACCUA